GUCCCUUUAAUUGGCAUGUACCAAGUCCUUCCAGAUUACGUUUCCUCCCCCAGUCCUAGACGUCCGGAAUCCUCAGUCGAGGAUCCCACAGGAGAGAAUGUGGAGACGGCGUUGUGAGUGGCGGGAGCUGCGGGCCGCAGGGCGGUAGGAGAGGCCCGGGGCCGACGCGCGCGGGCGCGGCCCUCCCCCCCUCGCGCCGUGGUCCAGUCCCAAGAUGGCGGCCACCAUGAAGAAGGCGGCUGCGGAAGAUGUCAAUGUUACGUUUGAAGAUCAACAGAAGAUAAACAAAUUUGCACGGAAUACAAGUAGAAUCACGGAGCUGAAGGAAGAAAUAGACGUCAAAAAGAAACAACUGCAGAACCUGGAAGACGCCUGCGAGGACGUCAUGCUGGCCGACGACGACUGCCCGAUGAUACCCUAUCAGAUCGGCGACGUCUUCAUUAGCCACUCGCAAGAAGAGACACAAGAAAUGCUAGAGGAAGCGAAGAAAAAUUUGCAAGAAGAAAUUGACGCCUUAGAAUCCAGAGUGGAAUCCAUUCAGCGGGUGUUAGCGGACUUGAAAGUUCAGUUAUAUGCAAAGUUUGGAAGCAACAUAAACCUUGAAGCUGAUGAAAGCUAAACAUUUUAUAAUACUUUAAAAACUUUGUUUAAUAAACUUAAAUAUUGUUUAAAUGAUAAUUUCCCUUCUUCAAACGAUAAGGAAAUCAAAUUUUCUU